AAAUAGGAACAAAGUUGGUUACAUAUUACAUGGGCUUUACCCGAAGUUUUCCUCCCACUCUUCUUUAGUAUGCGACCAUGGGGAAAGUGACCACUCCUGUCAGCGGGAGAGGUCGGGGUGCUUUGGUGGCGAGGGAGAGGCUGUAACUUCUACGUGACCAUGGUACCUGUUGAAAACACAGAGGGCCCCAGUCUGCUGAACCAGAAGCGGGGAGCGGCGGAGCCUGAUGGCAGCUACAGAGCCGGCGGCGGCCGGGAUCCUCCCUGGGCGAGAGGUUGCAGCAUGUUCACCUUCCUGUCCUCUGUCACUGCGGCUGUCAGUGGCCUCCUGGUGGGUUAUGAACUUGGGCUUAUCUCUGGGGCACUUCUUCAGAUCAGAACUGAAUUAGGCCUGACCUGCCAUGAGCAGGAAAUGGUGGUGAGCGCCCUGCUCAUUGGGGCCUUCGUCGCCUCUCUCAUCGGAGGGGUCCUGAUAGACAGGUAUGGAAGGAGGACAGCGAUCAUCUUGUCGUCCUGCCUGCUGGGACUCGGAAGCUUAGUCUUGAUACUCAGUGUGUCCUACACGGUUCUUAUCGCGGGACGCAUCGCUAUAGGGGUUUCCAUCUCACUGUCUUCCAUUGCCACGUGUGUUUACAUCGCGGAGAUUGCUCCCCAGCACAGAAGAGGCCUUCUCGUGUCACUAAACGAGCUGAUGAUUGUCAUCGGCAUUCUUUUCGCCUAUAUUUCAAAUUAUGCAUUUGCCAAUGUUUCCCGUGGCUGGAAGUAUAUGUUUGGUCUUGUUAUUCCCUUGGGAGUUUUGCAAGCGAUUGCAAUGUACUUUCUUCCUCCCAGCCCGCGGUUUCUGGUGAUGAAAGGAAAAGAGGAAGCUGCUAGCAAGGUUCUCGGAAGGUUAAGAGCAGUCUCAGAUACAACAGAGGAACUCACAGUGAUAAAAUCUUCCCUGAAAGAUGAAUAUCAGUACAGUUUUUGGGAUCUGUUUAGCUCAAAGGACAACAUGAGGACCCGAAUGAUGAUAGGCCUAACAUUGGUAUUUUUUGUACAAGUCACUGGCCAGCCAAACAUAUUAUUCUAUGCAUCAACUGUUUUGAAGUCUGUUGGCUUUCAAAGCAACGAGGCGGCUAGCCUCGCCUCCACUGGGGUUGGGGUGGUCAAGGUCGUCAGCACCAUCCCAGCCACUCUGCUUGUAGACCACGUUGGCAGCAAAACUUUCCUCUGCAUUGGCUCCUCUGUGAUGGCAGCUUCACUGAUGACCAUGGGCAUUGUGAAUCUCAACAUCCACAUGAACUUCACCAAUAUCUGCAGAAGCCACACUCCUCUCAACCAGUCCUUGGAUGAGUCUGCGUUUUAUGGACCAAGAAACCUGUCAGCCGGCAAUGACACUCUCAGAGAGCACUUUCAAGGGAUCACUUCCCACAGCAGCAGCUCACACAUGCCCAUGAGAAAUCACAUGGAUAAGAGGGGAGGGACGACCUCUGCAUCCUUACCAAAUGCUGGACUGAGCCAAACUGAAACCCAGGUAGUCACAGACCCUGCGGACGUCCCAGCUUUUUUGAAAUGGCUGUCCUUAGCCAGUCUGCUUGUUUAUGUUGCUGCUUUUUCAAUUGGUCUAGGACCAAUGCCCUGGCUGGUGCUCAGUGAGAUCUUUCCCGGUGGGAUUAGAGGACGAGCCAUGGCUGUAACUUCCAGCAUGAACUGGGGCAUCAAUCUCCUCAUCUCUCUGACAUUUUUGACUGUAACUGAUCUUAUUGGCCUGCCAUGGGUGUGCUUUAUAUAUACAAUCAUGAGUCUGGCAUCCCUGUUUUUUGUUGUUGUGUUUAUACCUGAGACAAAAGGAUGUUCUUUGGAACAGAUAUCAAUGGAGCUAGCAAAAGCUAACUAUGUGAAAAACAACAUUUGUUUUAUGAGUCAUCAGCAAGAAGAAUUAAUGGCAACACAGCUUCAAAAGAGGAAAACCCAAGAGCAGCUCUCGGAGUGUAAAAGUUUCUGUAGUAGGGAACAACCAAGGCAGCUUUCUCAAGAGACCUAAUGGCCUUGAAACCUUCCAAUAUUGAUACAGUAUAAGAACACUAGUAGGGUGUCUUCUUACCAGUGCAUAUUUGCCAUUCCCAAGUUUCCUACUCAGUGUCACGGAGCUAGUUUUAAAGGACACCCUGAAAUUAUAAAGACCACCUUUAAUCUCCUCUUUCCCAAAAGGAACUUUAAAAGGUAGAGGAGAUACAAGAUCCCAAGCAAUCUCUUUUUAUUCUGAGCAGCAUAUCAGGUUAAGUAAGACUGGUUACUUAAGGCUGGUUCAGUACUUUCCACCUUUUUCAGAGUAGCCUUUGGAAAACUAAAUCCUAGUGAUGAGAUCAACCUUUGCCUUAAGCUAUGUACAUAUAAAGGCCAGUAGCAGCUUUAUAUGCAGACAAACAAGUGGUCUGGACAAGACCUUACAGUUUUUGCCUACUAAGACACUACUUGCACUGGGUCUUAUAUAAAAAAGAACCAGGACACAAAAUGUGGACAAUUUAAUUGCACAUAUAUGUUCUAGCUUAGGAUAGGGUCCUGGCUUAGAAAUUUUUUUUUUUUUUGGUGGCUGGCAGGUGGCGAACCCUUGUCCUUGGUGUUACAACACCAUGCUCUAACUAAGUGAGCUAACCGGCCAACCCCUGGCUAGAAUUCUAGUGAUAAUUCCUAUUACGGUUCAACAAGUACAAAGAUUAUACAGCUUAUUUUAUAAAUUAUGAACUGCAAAUUAAUGCAAAAUAUCUAUCCUUUUAUGAAUUUCAUAUGAUAAAAUGUUAAAAUAAUUCUGCAAUAGUUGAGAAAAAUAAGCAUUUCUCCAUCUUUUUUUAAUAAAUAGGAAAGAACUUAAAGAUCCUGGGAACAUAUUUCUUUAGAAGUCGCUGUUAGUAAAAUACUAAAAAAGGAGUUAGGUCAUUGACUUUAUCAAAAUUUCUAAGUAAUUAAGUUUAUUAUUAAGUUAAGCCUAUAAAAAUUCUCUCCUUGGAAGUCCUUCAAUGAUAAUUUAUAGUAAUCCAUAGUUUUCCGCAAUUCUCCACACUCCUCAGGAAUAUCACUACCUCAGGUUAUAGCACACAGGCUGUGAUCAAUGCUUUCAGAUGACUGUAGACCUAAUAAAUGACAUUCAGACAUCAGGACAAUUCCCUCACUGUGUUCUUCUCUGUGAUGAAACAUAGAGAUGGCCAACUGUACCAGCAACUUGGGUUUCACUCACACAUGAUGGAUUGCUCUCUUCUGUAUUUCUGCAGUUGAAUUUUAAGACUUGGUAAGGCAUUUUCCAGUAGAAUUUGGAUAUGAUGAUUAAAAAAAUUCACAAAAAAGAAUCUUGAAUCACUUAAGUAGUAAUCCAUUAAACUACUAAUAUUAUAAGUUAUGGAACACAUGUAAGAAAAACAUGAACCACCUAUCCUGAAAAAGAAUAAAAUAUGAUGAACUUAAAGGAAGGAGAAUCCUAAGAGCCAAAACCCCUUUUUUUUAGCUUGGAAUUUUCUUACUGCCCCCUAACAAACUAUCCCAGUUUGAUAUAAAGGUUUAUGAUUCAUUCCAUUCCCUUAUAACAAAGUGGAAAGACUAUAAAUCUAAAUAAGCAAUAGUAAAACUAAUGUCAGAGACUCAGGAAAAUGACUAAAAGCCCUGGUUAUGAAAUAUUUAAAUUAACAUUGUCAAGGGAAAAUUAAAAAGAGAUUUGAGAUCUUAAUUCUAUAAUGGCACAUUUCGCAUGCAAGUUACAGCAUGCAUUGUUUUUUGUUUGUUUUGGAAAGAGAAGGCAAAGCGUGUUCUGCAGAGGAUCAAUUUAAGAACUUUAUUAUGAAUUUUUGGUGGAAUUGUAUGCCAAGAUUUAAAAAAAGAUCAAGAUAGCUUAUCAAUAUGAACUUUUUUCCUUUGCCAAGCAUCACAAAUUGUAAGAUAUUUAACAUAAUUGUUCCGUGUGUUUCCUUUGAAGAUCAAACACUACACACUUCAGCUAUUUCUUGGUUUAGGCAUUCAUUGUAAAUGGGCAGGAAAUUGUUCAUAAACCUAGCUGGUUUAUUACUAGUGAUUUUGACUUCAUUAAACAUUCUCUUAUAUUUUUCUUUUAUUAUCCUGAAUCUGUUAACUAACAAUUUUGACUUUAAACUAGUUUUCACCCAAAACCCAUGCCCCCAAACCAAAUCAAGGUUUUUGGUUUUCAAAAAUAAAAAGGGGGGAAUACUUUUAGUUUGUAUGUAUAUAUUCACAGUCUUUAUUUAUAUAAAAAAAAUUUACAGUACUUGUGGAAAGCCAGCAGAAGACAUCAGACACACUCAUUUCCUCUCAGUGUUAUUAAGUUUAGUACAUUACCCAUGGACACUUUGCCAAAUGGUGCUCACACAGCAGCUCUGAAACCAGACCUGGUUAGACUGUCUUUCCUCCCCUUUUCAAAUUUUGACAGGCUACUGAUUUGCCCAGUUUUCAAGCCAUUCAAAUACUGAAAAUGUUCCAUAAUCUGGAUCUGCACCUUAGCUAUACAAUGUUUUCCCCCUAUUCUAUAUUUAUUUUUUUAUGAACAUUGCAAAACAGAAGGUCACUUAUUACUGCUAAUUGAAACUAAAAAAAAUCUCAAAUUUUUAAAAGUCUGUCUAUAACUCUUUCACUGAAUUUUAUUCUCUGUAUUUAUGAGCUUAGCUAUCAUACUAGACCUUAAAAUGGAGCAAAUAAACACAAAUGUAAAAAAAAGAGAAUGAAAGUCUAAAAGUCAAAAUUAAAUCUUUCUUAAUAAAGAAAAUGGAAAAGUUAGCCUUUACCACCAUUUUUGAGGGAGUGAGAAGCAGGGUAUAGGAAAGCAUUGAGAAGAACGAGCAUAAAAAUAAACAUAAAAUAAAAAUGUAUUGUUCAGUGGAGUGCUACGGCUACAUUUUCAAGAUUUUAGAAUAUGAUAAGGAAAAUGUACUAAAUAUGAAGGUUAAGAUGUUGCAGUUUUUCACAAAGGUUUCAAAAUAUUUGGUAAUUCAGGUUUUCAUGGAAGAUGUGUUGGAAUAUUACCUGUAUUAAGUUUCUACUGAGAAGCUAAUUUGACUCUUCAUUUCUAGGUAAAAUCACUGUUGGUUUUUAUAUUAAACUCCUAAACCUAAGUGGUGGAGCACAACUGUGCCUUGGUCCUGUAUUACCAGUCAAGGGCUCAUGCGUGAGCCAGAGAGACACUGUUUCAUUAAUGCGUAUUUAUUAUAACUUUAAGAGUCGCCAUCCCACAUACUGAUAGUCACCCUUUAGCUCCAUUAAGUAAGACACAGCAAAGGGAAAGACAUCUCACAAAAUGGCUUUCAAGUUCAAGUUGAACUAUAUUAUAAUUAUACUGUGGCACAGAGGCAGCUUGUGGGCACUUCUUGUUAAAACGGCACAAUGUUAUCAACUUCUGACAAGACUCUUAGUUUAGCCUUGAGCACCAACCUAAGAUUAACGAGUCAAGAACCUCAAUCCCUUCCCUACAACUGUAGUUUAAUCUCUUCAGAAUAAUAAACAUACAUAGGAAGUACAACCCAUCACAGCUUCUUUCUCAAAACCACCUAGUGGGUAAGAGGUUUCUCUUUUUAAAACUACAAUUUCUUAACUUUUAAAAGUUAUUUAACAUUUUCUAUCAUAUUAAAUUAGCAACAUAAAACAUUAUCCUUUAUCUAUAAAGUUCUACUCCAGUUCCCUAGAGUUUAUAUACAUGUUAUUUCUAAUCUGCAAGAAAAAAAUUCCUAUAUGAUAUUUGGUUAACAGAGCAUUAAAAGAUGCUAUACACAUGUGGCAUGUACAUAUAUACAAAAUAUACUUCACAAAGAAGCUAACACACUUUAGCCAAGGUCUAAGCUUGCAUAGAUUAAAAAAAAAAAAAAAAAA